CCCCACCCCUCUUAACUUCACAGCUUGUUUUCACAACCACAACAAUGUCCGACGAGAACCUCGAUACAAAUGUGGUUCGCGAUGCUGCCCCACGUAGGCCGAGGUCCAUGGAGGACGAUGAGAGCGGACACUCGGUGGAUUUGAAAGCCAUGGAGACCGUGCAAGCAAAGAGCGAAACCGAGAAUGAUGAGGAUGAUGAGGAGGAGUACUUUGAAGAUAAGCCCUCUAAGGGUGAGGUCAUGGGUUGGUGUUUUUAUGAAUUGUGUUCGUAUUUUACGCACACAGUUCUUCUUACAAUCGUGUUUCCGCUCAUCAUAAGUCAGUCUUUCGGUAGCCAGCCACCGCAGCCGGCUGCUGGAGGGUUGUACAAGAAUGGAAAAGGGUUUCAUUGCACGAAAAAGGAAACUGAUUUGUUGGAAGCAUUAACAUACGCCAGGAUAAAAGUUGGCAGCAUGAAGUUCUCACCGCUAGAAUGGACUUCAAUAUCUUGGUUUUCCGGCCUAAUCCUCGCCGCACCGCUACUCGCCGCCGUCUCCAUCCACCUCGACCACCGCCCCAACUCCCAACUCAUAACUGCAGCUGCCACCGCCAUUGGAGCCGUCUUCUGCCUCCCCGCUGGCGCCAUCAAAACAUAUUGGAUCAUGCCACCCUAUGUCGCCGCCAUCGUCUCCUCCAACGCAGUCGGAUCUGCCUUCCAUAACCGCCACCUCGGCCUCAUGGUCCGCGGCUUUGUUGGCGACAACAUCCGAAAACUCCAAUUCCCCGACCGACAAGCCGUCUCCAGCUGGCUCUCAAUCUACGCCACCGCCGCCGGCUGCCUCGGAUCAGCCGCCAUUGCAUCAUUCACUUACUACAUGCUCCAAAACUCCGAAGGGUUUAUUAGUUUAUGGAUUGUUUCAAUCUUUAGUGGGAUUUUAUGGUUCGCUGGAAUUGGUCACAUUAUCACUGCCACUCGAUCAAACGGAAACGAAUCAUCAUUUAACAACAGUCAAGUUACCGCCAGUCAUUUCAUUUCAAUCUUCAAGUACCCACACGCUACCGGCAGUCUCGUCGGAGUUUUCCUUUCAUCCUUCUCAACAAUGAGCAUAUUCACUAGCGGCGUACUCUACAUCGUCGGCGAACUUUGUGUCCCGCCAAAAGACAUACUAUUCGUUUGGCUAACAUAUUUCUUCUUCCCAAUACUCGCUCUCCCGUUUUUACAUCCGGUUCAAAAAGUCAUCCAAUCUGACGCCGUUAAAAUGCAAAUUUUCGGGUUUAUACUGACGACACUAGCUUCGGGAAUGGGGUAUUACUACCGAAACAAUAACUGGCACUUUAAUCACGUGGUGUUUCUUGCGGCUACACAAAGUGUAGCUUCGGGUGUUCUUCAUGCGUUUAGUAGGAUUUUGUUGAUGGAUUGUGCGCCAUCGGGUAAAGAAGGCGUGUUUGCUGCAUGGUUCUCGUGGAUACGAAUGUUUGGUGCGUUUGGAGGGUUUGUUAUUGGUUCGAGUGGUGUGGGGAAUAUUAAUCGUGCGUUUGGGGCUGCGUUUGCGGCUGCUGUUGUUGGUAUUGUUGUUUUGAUCUUUAGUAAUGUUAGUAGUUAUGGUGGAGCUGUGGCGGCCGGUCAUGUGCGUAAGCGGCGUGAAACGGGGUCGCCUGUGCCGGUGAAGGGAUCGGAUGAUCGAAGCAUGGAAGUUUAAUUAAUGUUUUUUUGUUUUUUUUUUUUUUUUGUUUUUUUUUUUUUGUUGGAAUUGGGAAAUAUAAGAUCUAAUAAAGACUUGACUAAUUUUGAAUUUAGAAUUGGAAGACUAUUGAAGUUAGAAUUCAUAUUCGAUUUUAUAGUUUGUGUAUCAAUUCAAAUGUCCGUUCGUUUGGUUAAUAUAUCCAUAUGCAUGAUUGCAUAUUUUAUUUA